GGGCGGCGGGUCACGUGGCCAGCUCUGGGCCGGCAGAGAGGAGCGUUUACUUGCUCGGAGAAGGGACCGACCGGGAGGACCUAGGAUGGACACAGUGAGGCCUGCUUUGAGGCCGGUCAGUUCUGCAAGAAGGGAAAGGAAGAAGAGACUGGCUCAGGUGUCUGGAGGACGUUCCCCCCACCCUGCAGUCAGCUGUGGGGAUUGACACCACUUGAUCCAGGAAAGGAGGGGAAAUUGUCCUUCAUCAGUGAAGAUCCACUUCCAGUGGCAGCUCUGGUAGUGUUGGAGUUACUGCUGGCCACCACUCACAGCAGGUCUGCACCCACCAGGAACCAUCCAUCCUCCCCCAGUUGGUUGUGCCUCUUCUGAAUUUUGUCUGUAUUCUUGACUGAGACUGUGCUUGGGAAAGAGGGUGAUUGGCUGCUGGACUGGCAAGUGACUCUUAGCUCAUUUCCAGCUUUACCAUUGUAAUCAUCAGAGAUCAGAGUGUGAGAUUUUAAACCUGUGACAGAUCUGCAAUCAAACCUGAGACUUGGGUAGGGGUAAUUAAUUUGGCCUUGUCUGUAACUUGUAUCAUGACUGGGGCAGAGGUUGAGACUAGUGCCCAGGUUAAGCCUGAAAAGAAGGCUGGAGACGAGGUUGUUGGUGGGGCCGAGAGAGAGAAUGAAGUCCCUCUGGUGGUCAGACCCAAGAUUAGGAACCAGGCCCAGGUAACGACUGGGGCAAGACCCAAGAAUGAAAACAAGUCUGGGCCUGGGGCAAGACGCAAAAGUGAUGCCCAAGCAAUGGCUGGGGUGAGAUCCAAAACUGAGGCCCAGGGAGUGACUGGGGCAAGGCCCAAGACUGAAGCCCAGACAGUGGCUGGGGCAAGGCCCAAAACUGAAGCCCAGACAGUGGCUGGGGCAAGGCCCAAAACUGAUGCCAGGGCAGUAGGUGGUGCACGUCCUAAGACUGAAGCCAAGGCAAUUCCUGGGGCAAGACCCAAAGAUGAAGCCCAGGCAUGGGCCCAGACUGAAUUUGAGACUGAGACAAUGUCCCAAGCAGAGGGAGUGCCCCAGCCUAAUGCUAUCGGCUGGCCACUGGUCAGUUCUGAAUCUGGGUCAGCUACUAAAUCUAAUGGCCUAUCUAUGGAUAGAGAACUGGGCAGUGUGGAUGCUGAACCAUUUUCUAGCACCCAGAGCCAGACUGGAAUCCAACCCUGGUUUGGACCAGGGGAGGAGACUAAUAUGGGGUCUUGGUGUUAUCCUAGGCCCCGAGCCAGAGAGGAGGCCUCUAAUGAGUCUGGAUUCUGGUCAGCAGAUGAGACCUCUACGGUGUCUUCUUUCUGGACUGGCGAAGAGACCAGUAUCAGAUCCUGGCCCAGGGAAGAGGCCAGCACAAGAUCCAGGCACAGGGCUAAACAUCAGACUAACCCCAGGUCCAGGCCCAGAUCCAAGCAAGAGCCUUAUAUUGAUUCCUGGUCUGGAUCUGAGGAUGAGGCUGGCAACCCAUUCUGCUUCUGGUCUGGAGAAAAUACCAAUAACUUAUUCAGACCCAGAGUCAGGGAAGAGGCAAAUACCAGGUCCAAGGUCAGGACAAAGAGAGGGGACUGUUUUGAAUCAGAGUCUGAAGACGAGUUCUAUAAGGAGUCCUGGUUUUUGCCUGGAGAAGAGGAAAAUAGUAGAUUCAGGCGCAGAGGCAAGGAAGAGCCUAAUACCAUUUUGAAAUCACGGGCCCAAAAAGAUGUUAAUAACAGUAACAGUGCCAACCAAGAGGCCAGGUUGGAGGAGGAAGUCAUUAUUGGGUCCUGGUUCUGGGCAGAAAAAGAGACCAGUUUGGAGGCUGGGGCCUCAGCAAUCUGUGAAUCUGAGCCAGGGACCGAGGAAGGGGCUAUUGGCGGAUCCCUGUUAUGGGCUGAGGAAAAGUCCAAUCUGGGGGCUGUGGCCAGAGAAGAGGCCAAGGCAGAGCCUGAAGAAGAGGCCAUAUUUGGGUCCUGGUUCUGGGAUAGAGAUGAAGCCUGCUUUGACCUAAAUCCCAAUCCUGUGUACAAGGCCAGUAGCAGGUUCAGAGAUUCAGCUGAAGAGGAAAUUAAUGCAUCAUCCAGGCCCCAAACCUGGGAAGAGGUCACUAUUGAAUUCAGACCUGGCCCUUGUCGUGGGAUUGGCUUCCCAUCCACAAGCCACUUUAGAAUCACUGAAGCGGCUUCUGAGACACUUGAGGCAAAGCCCAAGCCUGUGGAACCUAACCCCGAAGGGGAAGAGCAGGAAUCUGUGCUUCAGCCUGAUCAGCCUGAACCGGAGUUUGCAUUUCAGUAUGACCCUUCCUACCGCUCAGUCCGGGAAAUCCGAGAGCACCUUAGGGCUAGGGAAAAUGCAGAGCCUGAGAAUUGGUCCUGCAGUUGCAUACAGUGUGAGCUUAAAAUUGGUUCUGAAGAGUUUGAAGAACUCCUUUUACUAAUGGACAAAAUCCGUGAUCCUUUCAUUCAUGAAAUAUCUAAAAUUGCAAUGGGGAUGAGAAGUGCUUCUCAGUUUACCCGAGAUUUCAUUCGGGAUUCAGGUGUGGUCUCACUUAUUGAAACCUUGCUCAAUUAUCCGUCCUCCCGAGUUAGGACACAUUUUUUGGAAAGCAUGCUUCACAUGGCUCCACCUUAUCCAAAUCUAAACAUGAUUGAGACAUUCAUAUGUCAAGUGUGUGAGGAGACCCUUGCUCAUGGGGUGGAUUCCCUUGAGCAGAUGACUGGAAUAAGGAUGCUCAGACACCUCACUAUGACUACUGACUAUCACACACUGAUUGCCAAUUAUAUGUCUGGGUUUCUUUCUUUAUUGACCACGGGCAAUACGAGAACAAAAUUUCACGUUCUAAAAAUGCUGCUGAAUUUGUCUGAAAAUCCUAUGGUGAUAAAAAAACUAUUCAGCGCCAAAGCUCUAUCAAUAUUUGUGGGUCUGUUUAACAUAGAAGAGUCACAUGAUAAUAUUCAAAUUGUUGUUAAGAUGUUUCAGAAUAUCAGUAAUAUUAUAAGAAAUGGAACAUUGUCCUUGGUUGAUGACGAUUUCAGUCUGGAGCCACUUAUGUCUGCGUUCCGUGAAUUUGAGGCGUUAGCUAAGCAACUACAAAUCCAAAUAGACAAUCAAAAUGAUCCUGAGGUGGGACAACAAAGUUAAUAUGAUUAACCACCUGCUGCUGAUCAGCCUUAUGUUCCCAAAGAGCCCCAAACAGUGCUUUUGGUGUUCACAGUCUGGUUCUAUGUUGUAAAUUAUAUUUGUAAUGUUGAUGUUAACUUUGUCAAACUCUUGUUUUGAGCUGGAUUGUUUUGUGGAUGCCAAAUGAAUAUUACAACUGAAAACAUAUUUGUUGAUAUUUGUCUUGUUGUUCAGAUUGCAAUAUUUUUGGUGUUGAGCUCCCAAUGAACUGUACCUGAGUAGGACAUUCUGCUAUUUGUUGUUUAAAUAUAUGGUUCUCUACUCAAGUCUGUUUUCAAUAAAGUUCUAUGUUGAAAUCGGCAUAAAUGAUGCUUCUUCAAAUUUACAAACCAGA